UCAACAUCUACUGCUGGAUUUCACCAGGAUCCCCCAGAUCAUCUUACACCGGAUAGACCACCUGCAGGAUUAUUUUGGAAAAGAAGAGGGUUUCUCUGACCAGCAGCUCUGUGGACAGGAGAGGAAUUCCAGUUUGGACCAAAAGGAACCAGAACCUCUGCAGAUCAAUGAAGAGCAGCAAAAGCCAGAACAUCCCUGGACAAAAGGGAAAACCAUGGAACUCCCCAUAAGUGAGCAGGAAGAGACAGAUACAGGAGGGAAACCUUUCUCAUGUUUGACAUGUGGAGAAAACUUUAUAAAAAAACAACAUUUAGUAGAUCACAUGAGAACUCACAAAGGUCAGAAGGCUUUUGAAUGUCUGUCGUGUGGAAAAACCUUCACUCAGAAAUCCAGUCUUGUUUCACACAUCAGAAUUCACACAAACGAGAAGCCCUUUUCCUGUACCAUUUGUAACAAGAGUUUUACCCACAAGAGUACUUUGAAUUGUCACAAGAGAAUUCACACUGGUGAGAAGCCUUUUGUAUGUCUAUCCUGUGGAAAAAGCUUUAUGUAUAAAUCUCAUCUUUAUAGUCACACCAGAAAUCACACCGGUGAGAAAGCUUUUCCCUGUACCAUUUGUAACAAGAAUCUAUCUGACAAGCGUAAUUUGACUUCUCACAUGAGUAUUCAUACAGGUGAGAAGCCUUUUCCAUGUCUGUCCUGUGGAAAACGCUUUGCUCAGAAAUCUACCCUUAAAACACACAUGAGAAUUCACAUGGGUGAAAAGGCUUUUUCCUGUACCAUUUGUAACAAGAAUCUAUCUGACAAGCGUAGUUUGACUUCUCACAUGAAAAUUCACACAGGUGAGAAACCUUUUGAAUGUCUGUCCUGUGGAAAAAGCUUCACCUCAAAGUCUUAUAUUAACAGACACAUAAGAAUGCACACAGGUGAGAAGCCUUUCUCUUGUACAAUUUGUAGCAAGAAUUUUACUGACAAAAGUACUUUUACUUGUCACAUGAGAAUUCAUACAGGUGAGAAGCCUUUUGAAUGUCUGUCCUGUGGAAAACGCUACAUUCAGAAAUCUAGUCUUGAUAAACACAGGAAAAUUCACACAGGUGAGAAACCUUUUGAAUGUCUGUCCUGUGGAAAAAGCUUCACUAAAAAAUCUAGUCUUAACACUCACAUGAGAAAACACACAGGUGAGAAGCCUUUUUCCUGUGCAAUUUGUGGCAAAAGUUUUCCUCAAAAAGGUCAUUUGACAGUACACAUGAGAAUUCACACAGGUGAUAAACCUUUUAUCUGCACGAUUUGCAGCAAACGCUUUAGCAGAAAAGAUAGUUUGACCCUACACAUGUACAGAAUCCACACAGGUGAGAAGCCAUCUCCUGAAUGAUUUGUCCCAAAGGUUUUAAGCGAGAAGGUAAUUUGAGUAUUCAGUUGACAUUUAUUAAUGCAUGAUGUGGAAGGGUUUGUAUUUUUUUUAAGUCAUAGGGAAAUCAUAUUUUAAUGUCAAAUCAUUGUUGCUUAAGCAUGUAUGUAAAUGUACUCUUUUAUCAUACGAUAUUGUCCAAAAGAAAAUUUCUGUAAAAAAAAAAAAAAAAAU